AUGGAUAUCACAGUCUCAAAAUCUUGGUAUAAUGGCCGCACCCUGUCAACUGAGAACUCCACCAAGAAUCGCAAACCUCAAAGCAAAUUAGAAACGGGAGCUCGGUCAAGUACAUCAUCCAAAGCUAGUGAUAACACAAUCACCGCCAGAGAUAAUCCUGCUCCUUCUCGAGUCACAACAAAUCAUGUCCAAUGUCUCGAAGGCCUCGCCAUUCAAGCAGAGCAUGAUCAGGAUGAAGAGAAUGAAUUUGAAGUCGAAAGUGAGACACUGGGCCAAAGAUUCGCGGGAGCGAUGACUCUUGAUGAAACUGUCAAAAAUUCUCCUCCAAAGCGCUCGCGAUGGCACGAUAUGUUCGAGUCUCGACACCGAAUGACAGCUCCACAGAGUACUGUCACUAAUGCCAAUCGAAAGAAAUCGCCAUUGAGUCUAUUUGGAAAUGCUUUGCCCAAAUGGACGCCGGCAAAUGGCGCUUCUAAUCGGAUGAUGGGCUCCAAGAAUGUUUCGAGUCCAUCAUCAACACUGGGUAAGACCCCCCGCUCAAAUGACACCAAAUUGUUCAGAGCAUUUCUGAGUCGUGGUGAUGGAGCAGUACCUUUCUUCAUCUCACCCACUGGUACCCAUCAGCAAUUCUUUCCGGUCUCUCCGCGCUCAUCUCGGAAUGCAUCUGUGGUCGUCCCAUCCAACACUCCUCGUGAAGGUAUUGCCGCUGUCGGUUUUGUCUAUGCAGCACAGCCAACUCAGCCAUCUCAGCCAUCUCAGGUAGCUCAGCCAUCUCAGGUAGCUCAGCCAGUCCAGGUAUCUCAGCCAGUCCAGGUAGCUCAGCCAGUCCAGGUAUCUCAGCCAGUCCAGGUAGCUCAGCCAACUCAACCAGCUCAACUAGCUCAACCAGCACCGCAACAUCUGAGGACUGUUCGAUCAAUGAACAGUUCCAGAAGUAUCAAUUCGAGGUCAACGGCCCACACGAGGACCGACACGAGUUUCUCUGCGACUACUGGUACUGACACCUGGACCCCCGCGGACCGUAGUUUCGACACUUCUGCCUCCCAAUACACAGGCCAUACUCGGAUGACAUCUGCAUCUGGAAGUUUUGUUGACAAGAGCCAGCACACUCGAAUGGCUUCUGCGUCGACUGGUUUUGGUAACUUUUCAUACCAUCCCGCCAUUUUUGAGGAUGAACAGAUGACCACUGGCCUCAUUGAUGAUUCAUUAACUGAAUUCAGCGACUUUAACCAAGUCGCCCCAGAGAUCCUCCCAGUUUCAAUGGACUACUUCACUCAAAGUAUAGCUGUUGCGCCGACAACUGCAUUUGCUUCCCAGCCUCCACUGAUGGUCAUGGAUAAUAGCAUGAUGAAUCCACAAGUCACAAUUCCGGAUCUCUCUCAUUUGGUAAAGAAGUUCCGUCCGACCAAUAUGCUUCUCCGUGAGCAAGGUAUGAUCCCAGACAAGUCUCGCCAAGAUACUAACUACGAGGGUGACGAGAAUCAUCCUGAUCUGCUUGAUCUUCCGGAACACAUCAACUGUUGCAUGUGGAUCAUCAACAUUCCAGAGGAAGUCGGAUAUGCUGAGUUCAUGCAGAUCCUUGAUUGUGGUGCCGUUGCUGCGCUUUCUAUGGUCAGACCUCAAAAUGGCCAUACUACACAAGCCGCCAAGGCGACUUUCAAGACCAACGCGGCUGGUGCGGAGCUUUACCGUCGUGCUCGCAACAAGGGUGGUCUUCGCAUUCGUGGCCGUAAGAUCAAGGUCUGGUACAAUGAUUACGGCGCAUACGAGUGGAAGGGCCCUGAGACUCGCUUCCUGGAAAUCGAAGCACCUCAACAACUUGAUGAAGCUUUCUGGCAUGGCUACUUCGGAAGUUGGUGCAAGUACAUCGUCAUUUCUGUCACUCCAAUGCCAUGCAGGAAGUAUGGAUUUGCAUGUACAAGGUUUGAAUUCGUUCGAAUUGCAGGACAGGCACAGACUUGCUACCAGGCAAUUCAGAAGGAUAUGUCAUUCUUAGGACAGGUGAAUGUCCGAUACGGAAUCGACUUUAAUGAGGUCUAA